CAAAAUAUGUAAACAUAUGGAUGUAAUUGUUCCGAAAUAAACAGUUAAUAGUGAAUUUAGAAAAUUUUUCUACAACGCUGCUUACCGUGAAACCGAAGACAAAUCCAACUUAUCAUUCGGUAUUUUUUGUACGGACAAUGUUGAAUGCAAUAAUUUUGAUCGAUCUUCUUAAUCUUUCAAUCGGCUCAAUAUUCAGUGUGAAUUACUGCGAAAUGGACUGUCGUGGAGAACCCCAUACACUCUGCAGUACAAACCAUUCACAUGCAAGCUGUUUACCAACGUCACCAGCUGUUUCCGAAGCACAACGCAGAGAAAUGAAAAAUAUGCUGAUAAUGGGACACAAUGGUAUACGAAAUCGCAUUGCGGAUCGUAUGAUGGUUGCCAAUAUGGUCGAAAUGGUUUGGCACGAGGAAUUGGCUGCAAUGGCACAAAUAUAUUUGGCAAUGUGUAAACCAUUCACCACAGACCCAUGUGCUAAUCUCACCCACCAUUACGACCACAAUGAUGACCAUGCUCAUCAUACCCAUUUUUCUGGAUCCACUAGAACAACCUAUCGUGACGUGGCCCAAAAUCGUUAUCUGCAGAGAAGUAUUCACUAUCCCAAUUUACUUAUUGAAAAUGCUCUUCGCGCCUGGUAUUUGGAAAGGGAUUCAAUGAUGGCUCCCACUUUUAACUUUAACUCUUUGUUGCAAAGUGAAGUGGGUCAUAUCGUGGGUGAAAACAACUUCACUCAUUUGGCUUCGCCUUUAACCAGUCAUUUUGGAUGUGCUUUCGACAAAUUGUUUGAAGGUUAUCUAUUAAUCUGUAACUAUCACCCAUACCGCCGUCGUGUCAACUCCCGAGUGGAUUUCUUUCAUGGCAAACCCGGAAGUCUAUGCCCAAUUUCAAGCCCCCUACGUAACACCCGUGGCAGCCUGACUAGCCUGUGCAUAGGAAUUGAAAGAAAUACAGGUUCCACCACACCCUGUGGUCUGUUUGCUGCGAUGGUUCGGUUAUUCCUAUCUUUUCUCCUUGUAAUUUUCCAACUUUAUUAAAACCUUACAUAUUUCUGAUUAGCAAUUUAUAAUUAAUCUGUACAAUUUAUUUUAUCUACAUAAAUAAAUAUUAGCAUUUAAA